AUGAAAUGGGAAUACUUUAAGCAAUAUCAAGGCUUGAUAAUUCAAACUAACUUGUCUCCUACUAUAAAUAAUUUCAGCUAUGCAAAAUUCUAAAUAGCAGUGUAUUUCCUAUAAUUGUCAUACUUUUUAAUUGGCGAUUCAAAUGAACAAGUGUUUAGUCUGAUAAAAUCAUUCACAAAAAUAUGUUUGAUUUCUCCAUACUUUAUGAAUAACAAAGCAAUAAACAUUUUAAUAGGCAUUGCAAUAACCCUGCUUAAUUGCUUUCCUUAUAUAAUUAUCACUUAUCGUUUUAUAAUGAAAAGCCACAAUAGUGUAGAUAGUAUAUCAAAGAGUGUUUUGGAUGUACAUAAUUAUUAUCAUAUUUUAGUUAAUUACCAUAUUAAUAACUAACUAUUUUCUUAACUUUACUUGGUUAUUUUAUGUAUCUCAACUAUAUUACGUUUGUUGGAACUUGUUGAAUUCAACAUAUCCAUUGUUGUUAUUGCUUUCUAUUUUUAAUUUAUUGAUUGCAUUGGUAAGUUUACUAAUUUCAAAUAUCUAUUUCAUAAAUUAUGAAUUCUUUUAGUAAAGUUUAAGAAAAUACUUUAAUUACAAUAAUAUAAUAGCUCAAUUACUAUUAAUUCCUUUAGUAUUUAUGUCAAUCAGAACAUAGUUUAUUUUUGUUUUGCUUUCAAAAAUUGUCUUUGGAUUGUUCAUAUGUAUGUUAAUAGGAGAAGCAAUCAUUCAGUAUCCUUUUGGGUAAUCUAUAUAAUUCUAAUCAUAAUAGAUUUUCAGCUUAUGCUAAACUUUAUAAUUAGGGAUUAACAAUAUUUACAAUUGUUUAUCUAAUAACAACAAUUUAGAAAGCAUUUUCAAUAAAUUCAUAUUCAUGCAUAGUGAUAUUUUUAAUAGUGUUGCCUGUUUCAUAAUAUUUAACAAUGGCAUUAGUAGAGAUGAAGAGAUAAACAGUUUAUUAAACAAUAUCAAAACAAAAUUAAUAUUUUGAAUUGAUGUAUAUAGAGAAUAUGUUUGAAUUGAAUGGUGAAGCUUAAAAAAGUAAGUAAAAGGAGAUAGAAUAUAUAACUAAAUUUUGUAUGCAUCAUUCACAUUGUAGAUUAAAUAAAUGUUAAUGUAAAAAAAUUGGAUUUGAAAAGAUAAUCAAACUUGACCAAACUGUUAUUUUUGUAUCAUGCUUAUUUAAAAGAAGUUUUGAUAAACAUAAAGCUACUGUAUAAAAAAGAAUAGGAGAUUUUGAAGUUUUAUCUUUGAAAUUCUUAACAUUCAUAAAUAAAUUUAAAAGGAAUGGACCUAAAACUUAUUAAGAACUUAAAGUUUUAUUUUAAAAAUAAAGAGAAUAUUCAUUCUAUUUUUUUUAAAUGUGCUUAUUUCUUUAAUUCAUAAUUUAGGCUUAAAUGUAAAAGGAUGAAGAUUAUAAUAUAAAUUCAGAAUCUAGAAGUAGAAUCUCUAAUGUGAAAUUGUAGGUGAGUAAAAGUGAAAGAAGUAUUGUAUAAAAUUUAUAUUAAAUGGAAUAAGUUAAAUAAAAUAUGUUACCUUUAUUAAUCUAAGUAAUAAGUAUUCAAAAGUUAUUAGAUCUGUUAAUUUAAAUCUGGUUUCUGGAAGUAAAUUUAAGAAGGAAAGAUAGUAACAUUUAUUGAGAUAGAAAAAUAAUUGUAAUAAUUAUAAAUAUUACAAUAAUAAAUAACACAAGAAUAUAAUAAAUAUCGUUCAAUCUUUUUUGUUAAUGGAAGAACUUAUAAUGUUUAAUUCUUAAAAUUUGAUGCACUUAUAUAAUUGAUUCUAUAUAAUAAUGCAAGAGCAUAUUAUGAAAUGGAAAAAGGUAUAUAAAAAUAUAUAAUCAUAAUUAGAUUGUAAGGAGAUAUUAGCAUAUGAAAGAAGUAUGAGUACUUUUGAAAUUACUAAUAUUAAUUUUUUUAAAGGAGAUGCUAUUUCAGUUAAAGUAUGUAUAGCAUUUGGACCAAAUAUUGGAAAGGUUAGGAAUAAAGUUAUUUCACCUUUGAUUCCUCGUUUUUUUGGAUUUGCAGAUAUGGCUUCAUUUAUAGAUUAUACAAAAGGUAAUAUAAAUCCACUUAUGCCUAAUUGGCUAUUGGGUGUACAUGAUGAAAUGAUGUAAAAUUAUAUAAGAAGAGGAUCAACUUAAAGAAUUGGAAAAUACUUUUAAACAUUUGCUAAAUUAUGUGAUCAAACAUUAAUUAGAUGUUAAGUUUAUUUAGCUCAUAAUUUCAGUCCAGAUUUAGAAGCAGAUUUUUCAAUGAUUGGAUGUUUGAAAAGAUUAGAAUAAGAUGAAAUAGAUCCUAAAGAUGAAUCUAAACGAUUGAGAAAUCUAAUAUUUAAAGGAUAAUAACAUGUUUUAUUUGAUAUUUAUGGAAAUUUAAUGGGAAUUACAUAAGGAUUAUAUAAAAUGAUAGAUCGUAUGUAAAGAAAACUUAAAGAUAUUAAUAAAUAAGAUGAUGUGAAAUAGAAAUCUUUUGAGAAUGAUGAAUCAUCUGCAGAUUCAGAUUCUGAAGUGUAUAAAUAAAUAUUAUUAAUAUUAGUUUUGAUGUUUAUGAAAUAAAAUGGUCAAAUUAAUAACUAACUAUAGAAGACUUUUACUUAAAAGUAUUAAUUUGGAUGUUGUUUCCAUUUAUAACAGCUGAAAUUGAGUAAACAGGGAUAGAAUUUCUUAUGAAUGGUUAAGUACCUCCUAAAGGAAAAUAUCCAAAUUAGAUAGAUCUUGAAAGUAGUAAUACAGUAGUUUCAAAUAAAGAGACAUAUAUGUUUGUACCAGAAGAUAUUAAUUUAUUUGUUUAACAAUAUAAUAAAGUAUUAGGUAAAAUAAAUGAAGAUGAGAAAAUUUAGACAUCUAAUUUCUCAUUAAGUGGCAAAAGAUAAUAAUAUAUAGAAGCUGAAUCAUUAAAUGCAAAAUAAUAGGUUACAGUAUUUAAUGAGAAAUUAUGUUCAUUCUUUUUUGAAGAAUUUUUAAGAAAACAUUAAUAAAUGGUGUUAGGUAAUUUUUCAAGGUAGGAUAUGAGAAUUUCUAAUCUUAAUUAAAUGCAAACUACUAUAUAACAUUCUGAAAAAGUAGAUUCAUCUUCUGAAAGUGAAGGAUAAUUAAAAACAAGAGCUGAAUAAAUGUAUUAUGAUAAAUUCCAGAAUUAUAUACAAAGAAUUACUACAUAAGAUUUUAAUCCUAUUCCUGUUAUUUAUUCUAUUAAUUAUGAAGAAUUUAGGUAUAAAAAAAAUGAAAUAGAAAAUAAAGUUUAAAUGUUUGUUAUUGAAUUAACUGUUAAUGAAUAAUAAUUAGCAAGUAUGGAAAAAGGAUAUCGUAAAUAAUUAAGAGAUACAUUAAAAUAAAUGUAGGUAUAAUUGAAAUAGGAGAAAACUGAAAAUUUAAAUAGAGGAUCUACUAAUAUAAAAUAAUCUUAAAAUUUAUCUUAAAUAUAAGUUAUUUCAGAUGAUUCUAUUAGUUUGUAAGGUAAUUUUAGUGAAAAGAUAGAUUAAGAUGAUCAAAUCUCUUUAUAUUAAUUUUUGAGUCAUCCAUCUAAAUAAGAUGAAUAUUGUUUUAGUGAUUAAAAUAUACUUACUGAUUAAUGUAUUAUUACAUCUGCUAAAGAUGAAUAAAACAAAUUACUUUAAACUAAUAGAAGAAGUCUUUAAUUAUUUGAAUUGGGUAUAUAAAGUGCAAAAAGCAAUGGUACUGAAAAUUAAUUAGAAUAAUAAAGUAAAAAAAAUCCAUUUGAUUUACUUAAAGUAUCAGAAAAAGAAGCUGCAAAUAAAGUAGUAAUGAAAUUAUCACAAAAAAAUAAAUAAUAAAAGUUUUAUAAUGAAUUAGAAUAAAAAGUAAUACAAAGUAAUUAAGAUAGAGAAAGAGAGAAAGUAGAAAAUGAAGAUUCAUAUCUUAUAUAACUAAAAAAUUUUGAUGAAAAUUAUAAAGCUAUUAAUUAAAAAAUAAGUGAAUUCUAAUAUCCUAAUUCUUAUAACUUUUAGAAUUAUAUUCUAUUUGCUACAUUACUUUUAGUUAUAGCAUAUAUAUUACUUGUAUCUAUUGCAGUUUGGAAUUAAUAUGAUUAUGGAGACUGUAUGGAUUUAAUAUAAAUAUUAUUAAAAUUUUAAAAAACUUAUUCACUUAUAACACAUGGAUUAUUUAGAAUUUAAUAUUCAUAUGAUUUUAAUAUUUCUAAUUUUGAUUAAUUACAUUUAUUCUAUGAUAAAUAAAUAUUUUAAGAAAUUGAUUAAUUGAUUAAUUUUAGUAAUGUUUAAAAAAAUACAAUUAAUGAUAUUGAUAUUUACUUAUCAAAUUUUUAUGAUAUUGAUAAUACUACAAAACCUAAUUUAUCAAUUACUGAAACUAUUUAAAAAUCCUUAGCUCAAUUUUAUAAAAUUAUUGAAAAUAAAUUUGAUACUAAUUAUGAAUUACAUACACAACUAAUAUAAUCUAGUGUAGCAAAUUUAAGAGAAAUUGGUUAACUUCCAUAAUUAGCCUUUGAUUCAUGUUAUGAUACAAAGAUUGAUAAAGAAAGAUAUUAUUAAUAGUUAUUGAUAAUCUUUAUGGUUAUUAUAUUCAUAUUAGUGUUAAUAUUAUAAUCCUCACAAAUUCCUAUGAUAUCAACAUUAGGAAAAUAUAAAAAAAAACUAUAUAUGGCAUUAUUAGAUAUUAAUCAAUUAUAAUUUGCAUAAGAAUAAGAAUCCUUUGAAGCACUUGCAUCUACACUUAAAAAAUCAGUUUAUGAUUGGAUGAUGAUAGAUUUCAUUGUUGAAGGAAAAAUAUUUGAUAUUGAAAAGUUUUUCUUAAAUGGAGUUUAUUCUGAAAAUGCUUCCACUAAUUAUAUUGAAAAUUAAAAUAGAGCUAAACAAGAAAAAAAUAAAUUAAUCAAAAAAUUAAAAGCUUCUAAUAUAUAACAAAUUAGAUAUAUAAUCCUAUUGAUUAUUGAUUUAGUAGUGAUUAUGUCAUAUUUUUUGGUGAUAUUUUUAAUCAUCUUUAUAUUGACUGAUUAAUUAUUAUCAGGAUUAGAAUUAAUCUUUAAAUAUUAGACUUUAUAAUCAUCAUUUAUUAAUGUUUUAAAUAAUGCUGAUAUGGUAGCUUAUAAAACUUUAUCUAAUUCAUCUUUAUAUCAUAAUAUCUUAUCGUAAUCAGAAUUUUAGAAUUAUUCUUCAGUACUCUAAGGUACUGAAUAAGAUUUUUUUCUUCAAUACGAUAAUAAUAUUAUUGGUACAUUAACAGAUGAAAAUAUUAAUUAUAAAAUUGAAUUCAUGAAUUAAUAAGCAAUUUGCAAUAUUUAAUAUGCUCUAGAUUGUCAAUCCACUUUAGUUGGAAAAUAUAAUGAAUAAAUUUUAGCAUAUUAUUAAUAAGGACUCAAAUCUUUAGUUGUUUAAGUUUAUAAAAUUAUUCAAUAAUAUCCAUAAUUUUAUUAAGAAGAUUAUGUCAAUAAUAGUCUAAUAGAUUUUAUUAAUUUUGUCCAAACUUCUGAUCACAUUGCUUAUUUAGAUUAUGGAACAGAUCUCAUUAUUACAGCUUAUUCCUCAAUAGUUGAUAUGGCAUAAUAGCAAUUUGAUACUCAAAUUUCCAAGUAUCAACAAACUCUAAUUAUUUUUAUUUUAAGUAUAGGGUUUGUAGGGUUAAUAAUAAAAGGUUUUUUAGGAAGAAUGUUAAUGAGAAUGUAGAAACAAUCAAUUGAUACUUGUCAAGCAUCAUUAUUAUUAUUAUCACCUAGAAGGUACACAUAAAAGUCUAUUGCUAAAUUAAUUACAUAAAUAAUUUGA